GAGUACCAAGCAGACCCAGUAGAUUCAUGUCCCUGUCCUCCUCUUCUCAAGACACUGCCAUGCCAAGCCAAGCCAAACCAAAGCCUACCUUCUCAACCUCACCAACUCACCUUCCCUUUCCACACACAUGGAUGGCAGUGGCACCCACACCUUAUAUUCCUACCCCAUUUUGAUUGCUUCCUCCCCUCCUCUCUUGAUUUGAAGCCCAAUUCUUCUCCAUUAAUCUCUCCUCCCUCUCACAUAUACCCAAACACACAUGCAUAUAUAUACAUAUAUAUACAUGAAUGCAGCUAACUAGCAUAUGUGUCUGUGUGUGUUCAUCAGUGAUCAGUAGUGUUCUUGUUCUUGUUCAUUGGCAGCUGGAGGUUCUUGUUCAUUUGCCUUAGCUGGAAGUGAUUAAAUCAGUAGCCAUUGUUGUUUAGUGGCGCCAUUAAUCUUCAGUUAUCAGUUUCCAUUCCGGGAGAUCAGGCGGUGGUCAGCUGGCACCUGCAUGCAUAUGCAGGCUCAUUGAUUGAUUCGAUUUUGGGAAGAGAGUUAUUAGUGAUCGAUCUUGGCUGGAUCGAUUGAGCUUGAUCAUCCGGUGGUGAUAUUUCUGGAUUCUUGUAUAUUUGUGAGGGGUGUGAGCUGUUUGAUCGAUGUGCUGUGGUUGGGCGGCGGCGUAGGAUGAGCGACGUCUCCGGCCGCUUCGUGGUGGCCGCGGCCGUGGUCGCCGUGUCGCUGGCCAUGGCGGCGGCGGCGGCGGCGCACGACUACGGCGAGGCGCUGUCGAAGAGCCUGCUCUACUUCGAGGCGCAGCGGUCGGGCCGCCUGCCGUACAACCAGCGCGUGCGGUGGCGCGGCCACUCCGGCCUCACCGACGGCCUCGAGCAAGGGGUGGACCUGGUGGGCGGGUACUACGACGCCGGCGACCACGUCAAGUUCGGGCUGCCCAUGGCGUUCACCGUCACGAUGCUGUCGUGGAGCGUGCUGGAGUACGGCGAGGAGAUCGCCGCCGCCGGCGAGCUCGGCCACGCCCUCCACGCCAUCAAAUGGGGCACCGAUUACUUCAUCAAGGCGCACACCCACCCCAACGUCCUCUGGACUCAGGUCGGCGACGGCGACUCGGACCACUACUGCUGGCAGCGGCCGGAGGACAUGACGACGUCGCGGCACGCGUACAAGGUGGACGCCGAGAACCCCGGGUCGGAGGUCGCCGCAGAGACCGCCGCCGCCAUGGCCGCCGCAUCCAUCGUCUUCCGCCGCGCCGGCGACGCCCACUACGCCCAUCUCCUCCUCCACCACGCUCAGCAGUUGUUUGAGUUUGGGGACAAGUACAGGGGGAGAUACGACGAGAGUGUGGAGGUGGUAAAGAACUACUACCCAUCAUCAAGUGGGUACAAGGAUGAGCUGCUGUGGGCGGCGCUGUGGCUGCACCGUGCCACCGGCCGCCGCGAAUACCUCGACUACGCCGUCGACAACGCCGACGACUUCGGCGGCACCGGCUGGGCCGUCUCCGAGUUCAGCUGGGACAUCAAGUACGCCGGACUCCAAGUCCUCGCUUCCAAGCUGCUGGUAGAGGAGAAGCAUCUGAGCUCGCAGCAGCGCGAGGUGCUGGAGAAGUACAGGUCAAAGGCGGAGUACUACGUGUGCUCCUGCAUGGGCCGCAACCCCGGCGGCGCCGCCCACAACGCCGGCCGCACUCCGGCGGGCCUCCUCUUCAUCCGCCCGUGGAACAACCUCCAGUACGUCUCCAACGCCGCCUUCCUCCUCACCGUCUACUCCGACGUCCUCUCCUACCUCUCCCUCCCCCUCCUCUGCCCGGACCCCGACGCCGCCGCCGACGAGGCCGCUCCUGCGGCGGCGGACGCCGGCGAGGUGCUGGAGUUCGCGAGGUCGCAGGCGGAUUACAUACUGGGGACGAACCCGAUGGCGACGAGCUACCUCGUCGGGUACGGCGAGGCGUACCCGCGGCGGGUGCACCACCGCGCGGCGUCGAGCGCGUCGUACGCGCGCGACCGCGACUUCAUCGGGUGCCUCCAGGGGUUCGACUCGUGGUACAGCGCGGCGGCGGAGAACCCGCACGACCUCGUCGGCGCCGUCGUCGGCGGGCCCAACGGCAACGACGUGUUCACCGACCACCGCGGCGCGUACAUGCAGACGGAGGCCUGCACGUACAACACGGCGCCCAUGGUCGGCGUCUUCUCCAGGCUCAUGGAGCUCGAGCGGCGGCGGCGCGGGGAAGACGCGCCGCCGUCGUCGACGUCGCCGGUGGCGGAGGAUGAUCUGUAGUAGAUGUUGUAUAAGUUAGGAGAUGAGAGAAUUUAUAUGACCCCCUCUGAUUGGUGAAUGGUGAUAAUAAUAAAAAAAAUGAAAAAAGGGAAAUUUUAUACAUUCGUUUUUGUUUAUAUGAUUCGUAGAGGGUUUUUUUUUCAUGUUUUGAAAUUUGAACAUAGAAGAUGUAGGGAUUAAAGGAAUGAAAAAGGAAAAAAAGAACAAAAAAAAAUCAUACCGA